UGAAAGGUUUGCAGGAAGACUCGUUUUGAAACACUGAGACACAAGGUAACUUGGAAAUGGCCAAUUUGACCAGUGGAUAAAUCUCAAUCUUUUAUCCGGAGUCUCCCCUCCAGUUUAUCAGCAGUCAGAAAGCAAACAGCCCUGGACAGUUCUGAUUGUAAGUCUGGAAAUAUGGAACUUCCAGUUGAAUUGCACAUGCAUAUUGGCCAAACACACAUAUUUGUUUUUCUCUGUGUUUUAUAUCUGUUCAAUUUUAUUGUUUCUACAGUAAAGAAUGAAAACUUGAGCUAUGAACUGGAGCCUAAAUGUAUUUUUUUAUAUAGUUUUUCCUCCAUCAGUUUAAAAGAACUCUCAAAAUAGGACGAAAUCCAGAUGGGCAAAUUCCUGGUCAGGCCCGGGAGGGGACUUCCUUAUAAAAAGGAUCAGUGUGCUUGUCAUACAUGUUAGGGGUUGGAAAAGUGGUUUUGGUACCACUUUGAGUGUGCAGCCUCAAAAGGUCCACAGCAGGAGAUUUCACAGUACCCUUUAGGGUAUUGAGCAGAAAAAAAAAUAUUACAGGAGAUAUUUGGCAAUGAACUUUACGAGUAGAAGGUAUUCCAAGCAAUCAUCUUAUCGCUAAUGAAAUUUCUAACCCUCACCCUAAGGGUUAAAACAAUUUCAAGCCACGCCCGCAAAACAGGAUCUUGGUACCUCUAUAGGGGUUCCUUCCAACAAGCACCCCCAUCCUUUUCAUAUGGGAGUCCACCCAUGGAAUCAGGUUUCAAGAUACUUUUCAGACUAUUACCCUGCAGGGAGACCUUGAAGUCUGAAAUUGAGUGGUGCUUGUUAAUCUUGGCAGGUUCUAUAUACGGAGGUCUUCAGUUCUUUUCCAGCCCUGUCAUAGGCAGACUCAGUGAUAUUUAUGGCAGAAAGCAGCUUCUUUUAGUGAGCCUGCUGGGAGCAGCUGUGAGUUAUUUCCUGAUGGCAUUUCCAACAACAUUACUUUUCCUGGCAUUAAGUAGGAUUCCUAUAGGGAUUUUCAAGCACAGUCAAAGUAUUGCAAAGACAUAUCUUUCUGAUGUUUCACCGUCUGUUGAUCAACCCAAGGUGUUGGGCAAUUUCAAUGCUUUCUCCAGUCUUGGCUUUGUGAUUGGUCCAUUGAUUGGCGGCCACUUGGCCAUGGAGUCAAAUGGGUUCUCCAAGGUGACUGUCUUAACUGGAUGUAUUUUUGUGAUCAAUUUUUUCUUCGUGUGGUUCUUUAUGGCAUCUGUGGAACAAGUCAAAGGACACUCUUCCAUGCGACAAGAACAAGUACUAAUUGAUGAUGAGAGUGAAAAGAGCACUAACAGAAAAAUUACUGAACAUGAGAAUGGAGGACUGGAACAUGACAAACUGCAUGUUAGGCACCACAUGCCAAGUAAAGUGGGCAACAGUACAUCAUCAAAUUUUACCAGUGUAUAUAAAAUUUCUUCAAUGAGCUCCACUCUGGACUUGUUGGUCAUUCGAUUUGUCAUGGGAUUUUCAAUGUUAGUUUUCCGAAGCAACCUUAAUUCCAUGCUAGAAUUUCACUUUAAUACCAGUCCGAAAACCAAUGGCUACCUUAUGUCAUAUAAUGGGUUAGUUGGCGGGUUUUCUGGAAUUCUUGUAGGCCAAGUAUCAAAAUUCUACAAUCACAAUGAUGCAAAAAUGCUGUUGCAUUUCUCACUUAUUCUUACAGCAUCAAUCCUAGGGAUAACAUUUUCACCCAGUAUCUUCUUUGUUGCUGUCUUUAUCGCGCCACUUGCCGUAUCAAGUGCUGUGUCACGGGUGUGCGUGACCAACCUCACAUUCCGAAGAAGUCGUGGGGAUGAGAAAGGGAUGAUCUUUGGGGUAGGGAAUUCCUUGCUGUCAUUUGCACGUAUGAUCUCCCCUGCACUGGGUGGUGUCACUCAGGAAGCAAGUGUGUAUGCACCAGGUAGUAUUGGGGCACUGAUCGCUGGGACUGGUGUGCUUGUCAUGGUACUCUUUCCACCAGAUAGACUCAUAGUGAGUACAGACAAGAAAAAAGACAAGUGAUCAUUUUGCGGGGGUAAUGUUAAGUAUUGGAGAAUUUCAAAUGAACCCAUUGUAAAGGAAGAGUUUCGUGGUUCGGUGCAAGACCAAGUUUUCUUGUGAGAAUAAAAUGGCUUUUUCCCUUUCUUACUAACCACAUGUUCUGCCGUUAUCUAAUUUGGGUAAGCAGAAUAUCUGAUGUCCAAAUUUUGUGGAAGAUAUCAACGGAUUUACAUAGAAAGUGCCAAAUUAAUGAACAUAGAAUUUGUUUUACAGGCCAAAGAAUUUAGUCUGGACACAUGCCUAAGUUGUCUACUCAUGUCCAACUGGUUCAUAAACAAUGGAAUUGAGUGGUGCUUGGGAUUCAGUACAUAUACAAAUAACUCUAAUGAAAAAGAUUCACCUCUAUUGUUUUUGCGAUUGAACGUAAAACUUUCAAAGAAAAAUAUCUUUCGAAAGUCAUCCGCCUGCUUUUGAUCAUUUCAUAAACAAUGAAAUUAAAUGGGUUAAUGUUACAGCUUGCACAGUGCCGAGCCAUGAAACUAUCCCUUCAACAGCCACCUCUCUGCAACAACUCCCAUCCUCUGUACGGGCUAACCCAAAAAUGUAAAUUAUAUCACAAUCUCUUGAUAACAGGCUGUUCUAUACAGUGGUCUCUUAAUUCUGAAUAAAAAGAACUGUUAGUUACCUUCAUAAGGUUUAUCAAAAAGACAUACAUGUAUUUCAUAACAGAUUUUAUCUUAUUGGUGUAAUAGCUAAUUUUACAGUCUAAAUGUACUUGAAAGAAAUCUUGUUUUAGAUGUUAUUCAUAUUGAUUUCAUCAAUUACUGAUGCUUCACAGGAGAAAUUUGUUGUUCCAGAAAAUCUCCAUUCCCCUCCCACAGAGAAAAUGUUUUGUCUGACCCCCACCCCUCCCCACUACACUGAGAUUCCAAUAAACCUUCCUCCUUCAUUUCUGACAAUGACUUUCUCUUGCGAUGGAUGUGAGUAUUUCCUAGAACUGCAAAAACUAAUAAAAACUAAAUUUUCCACUUGAAGUCAUUACAGGCUGGCUGUAACAAGCCUUUUGAGAAAGAAUUUUACUUUGAAAAUUGUUUUCGAUAUAACUUUUUUUAUUUGACUAUAGUUUUGUAAAUUAUACCCAUGUGCAUGUACUAUUGGAUCAAGGGUCAACGUACAGCAAAGAAUAAAAUUCUUGCAGAUAAGCUGCAUGCUACCAGUAAAAAGUAAACUUGAAAGUGUCUCGAGACUUGAUGUAAUACUUUUGUGUACUUAGAAUUGAUUCAAAAUGUGCAAGAUUUGUCACUAGGUUAACUGGUCAAAGAUGUUAUUUACUAGAAGUUAAAUUUUUAUUCAAAAAAUGUGUCAUUCAAUAAUUAGGAAUAAACAAUAUUAUUAUUAUUCAGUAAACUGAUAUUUAAAUUAUAUGCUGAAUUUGAUGUCCAAGGUUUGUCCAGACAAUGUGCUUGUUCAUCACUGAAAACCUACACGUACAUGUACAUUUGUAUAGAUUAAUUUGUAAAUAGCACAGACUGUUCUAAAGAAACAGUAAAAUAAAGAAUAUUUAGUUGUCUUGUCAA